AUGUCGUUGCAUACCGGCUCUUUGCAGUGGGAAAUCGAUGCCUCUGGGAAAAGGGGACUCGUUCAAUGCUACUGGAAAUUGAACCCCCCUCCGAAUGACACAGCUCCAUAUCGCACUCUAGAUUUGACUUUGAUUCCUGUAUCCAUAUUGUCAUACGAUGUUUCCGCUCCCAACAGAUCAGUUCCACGAGGCACAGGAAACAGCCUGAUUGAGCAUGCCAUUUUACAGAACAUUGAAGAUUAUGGCACUUCAAUCACGGCUGCAAAGCUGAUACUUCCGACAGUAAGCGGUUAUAUUGUCCGCAAUGACUUUUUCAGGAGACGAUUCUUGACUUGCUCGCUCGCUGAAAAGGUAGUUGACUACGUGCCGUUACAACAGCUCAUGCCCGCAUUCGAUGUCAACACUAAAGAAGUCCUUCCACAAGCUAUAAAAGAUGCUGCUGGCGUGAUCUUGCUGAAGACCUUGCCUGGGUUCAGCGAAAGUCUCGCACAAUCCGCUCUUGCCACGCUGGAAAAUGAGGUAGAGGCGAGGCUGUCUUUUCCCUGGAUCCUGGAGAAACCGUUGCCUAGAAAACGCAUUGCUAUGAUAUACGGUCGUCCCAACCCAGCUGUAUCUACUGCUUCACAAGGUAUCUACCGUGCGGCGCAAGCGCUGGGGGUAGACUUGGUUGUUCUUGACCAUGCGGGACACUGGAUCCAGGAUCCCGCCAUGAAGGCCAUGCGCGAUGAAUUUAUACCCUGUGAUUUAACGAUGAACGAAGGCCUUGUAGAUCGCAUUGUGGCAGCAUUAUCUACUAGUAAAGGCCAAAUCGAUGGUAUUACUACGUAUACAGAUACCCACAUCUUAGCCACAGGUCAAGCAGCUAGGAGGAUGGGGCUGCCGACGAACCCACCUGAAGCUCUUGAAAUGUGCCGUGACAAAUACAAAACACGGUCAGUGGCAUCUUCCACCGAGCAAGUGCUUUCUAUCACAACCAUAUCCGAUUUGGAUGACCAGUUGAGCAAUCUCUCGUCACCUUUGGAGUUCCCUCUGAUCGUCAAACCAACAACCGGUUGCGCCUCGGACGGUGUCAGCAAGGUAACCUGUGAAGCAGACCUUCGUAAUGCCGUGCAGCGCAACCUCGAGAAAUUCCCUGGGACAAAUGCUCUGGUCGAACCGUACGUCUCGGGGCCAGAGGUGGAUGCCAACUUUGUCAUUCUGGAUGGGAACUUAAUAUGGAGCGAGAUCAACGACGAUUUCCCAUCUUCGGCGGAGAUAUCCUCCCCAGUAUCAUCUUCCAUGUCGUUUGCGGAACUUUCCACCAUAAUGCCGUCAAUUUUACCCGAAUCGGAGAUAACCCUUCUCAAAUCUUCUCUGACUCAAACUCUGCUGAAAAUGGGGUUCCGAAACGGGGUUUAUCACCUCGAAGCCCGAGUUAAGAACAGCAAGAAGAUGUAUAUGAACACCGCGCAAGGCAUAGAGCUAGCGGAUUAUGCCGUUGAGCUGCCUAUUGGUGAUCCAAGCGUCUUUCUAAUCGAAAUCAAUCCAAGGCUCCCUGGCCACCAGGAAUCAUUCGCUGUUGAAUAUACCUACGGCAUUGACUAUUUUGCACUGCAUAUGCUGCUAGCAACUGCACCGCCCCCAUCAGAAAUGGGUACAGACAAUGGAAAGGCGUUCAAAGACGCUAUUCUCACUUUGAGUCAUCCAAUUUCGGAACCUGCUCGUUAUCCCUCUCAUAUUGUCUUCAUUCCGGCCGAUCGUGGUGGAAUCUUCAGAGGUGCGGAGCCACUUCCUGAUAGCAUUAUGAGCUACGUCCCUGAGCAUGCAGUCUUUCUGGAGGUUGGAGAAGUGAUCCCCGACCCUGAGGUCGAGGGAAAGUGGCCCUUUGUGGCUUAUUUUCUAGUGGUAGGGAGGAUAGCUGACAGCGGAAUUCAAGGAAGAGAACAGGUUCGAGCUAUGGGGGAGUUGUUGAGGAAGACAUUUAGAUAUAAGUUGGCCUAG